UUUGAUUCGUAGUCUGGCUUCGACACAUCGAAAAGGACUUUAUGUGGCAAGUGAAUACCUUAGGCGGCCAUCUUCCCAAGGCGGCCAUCUUCCCAAGGCUUCAUUCACUUCACCGGCGAUGCCAAUUUCCCACUUGCUUCUCAUGGAAGUCUUAAACAACCGCUAGCCCAGCACCGUCAAAAGCCCAAGUCCAGGUCAGGCUGGUGUGGCAAUCCGACCACAUGACCGAUGGUGAAAAUCCCGGGAAUGUCUCCCAUCCAUUUGAACAAGCUGUGAUUCUCACCGUUACUUUGUCAUCCUGACAUUCGUUGAUCUGUCGCCAUGAAGUUCGGACAGGACUACCAGGUCGCGCUGUCGCGUGGAGAGUAUCCACCCGACUGGAUCGAGUCGGCAAUCUCCUACAAGAAGCUGAAAAAGUGCAUCAAGAGAGUCCAGCAAGAGCUUAUCAGUCUCGGACUGGACAAAGAGACGCUCAAUGAACUCUGGCAACAUGUAGGGCCUAAUUCGGAUAAUUCGACCGACGAACAAGUCUUGCAGUAUUCCUUGCAGAAGUCUGGAAAGAUCCCAUUCACUCCAAAGCUGACCAUCGCCAUCGACCCCCAAGAUGGCUCGCCAAUGGAUGCCUGGCUCAGUCCUGAUACACGCCGAGUUUUGCGCCGUCUGGUGAACAAGGAGCGUCUCGCGACAAUCAAUGGCGAUCAAAUCGCCCACGCAUCAGCAGACUAUGAUUCACCCCGUCCAUCAGUAAGCGAAGCUGAUUCCACUUCUGAUGUUGACAGUAUGGCCGAGAAUGAGGCGGGAACAUCAAGCCGGAAACAUCGACAUACCGACACCAUCGAAGUUCCACUCACAUCAGAUUCGGAAUUCUUCCAGAUCCUACGACGUGAAUUAAGCGAGCUAGACCAAAUCCAAGUCGCAGAACAACAACGAAUCCAAGACGAGAUCACCGCACUAGGCAACGAACUACAACGACUCAAAAACUCGCGGAAGAAACGCUCCAAACAAGAAGUCGAAACCUGGAGAAACAUCUUCCAAAUGUAUCAAGACGCCGAGAUAUUUUCCUCCCUGCACGAAGCCGACGCCGGCGACCGCGAUUCAACCCAAGCACAGAAACACUUUGAAGAAUUCAACAAAGCACUGGAACCACAACGAGAAGAAAUCAUGAAAUUCGGCCAACUGGCCGGCGGCUCACUCGACCGAUUUCUCCGCAUCAACAUCAAAUUGCUACGUCUGAUCAAAUUCCAAGAAAUCAACAAGACAGCCUUGACCAAGAUCAUGAAGAAAUUCGAUAAACGCACUUCACUGCACACGCGAGCCACGAUUCAAAAUUCAUUGACAAAGACUCCCUUUUUGGCGGAAAACCUCUCCCGAGCGACUUGUUUCACCAUCACGAAUGAAUUACUCAAUUUGAUUCCCCAACUCAAUGAUUACUUGUGUCCGAUCUGUUUUUCCAUCUCGUGGAAACCGGUUCGGCUUAAUUGUAAUCAUGUGUUUUGUAUUCGGUGUUUGAUUGUCUUGCAGAGACAGAGGAAACCUCAUUGUCCGCUGUGUCGGGAACUAGUGGUCAUGGAGGCGGAUAAUGACAACGUCGACUUCGAACUCAUGCUCUUCUUGCACAAGAAUUUCAAAAAGGACGUCAAGCAGAAACAGCAUGAGAAUGAAAUUGCUGCUGGAAUUGAUCGUUGGGGAGAACAAUAUGGCAAGUCACAAAAGUGCAUUGUAAUGUAAACGGGCAUCAAGCAUUGAGCAUCGAGCAUCGAGCAUCGAUCAGAUUGUCUCGAUAGAUCGAGACAAAACUGAGAGUGGCAUGGCAUGGCAUGGCAUGGAAAUGGGAAUCUCUUCUUCCAAGAUACCCACAGUGUGGCUUUUUGACUACUACUACUACUUACUAGGUUGGGUGGACAGACAUGACAGUACUUAAUCACUAUAACGAAGACAACGACGACGAAGAAUAUGAAACGACGUCAAUAAUCGAUUUCAAAAUAUGACUUAUCCUGAACUAAAGUAACGGAUCAGAUCCGUAGGACCGACUUUUCCGUGGUCAUGCCACUUGAUAUAAUCCCGGCCAGAAUUCAUACCUUGUUUUGGUCGUCCAGAAAACAGAAUGCCUCCACGUUGGAAGCCAACUCAAAGAUGCCGCCACGAGUGCU